AUGAUCUAUCUUCUGUACCAGUCAGCUGGAGAGACGAUAUCCAAAUGGACCAAAACUCAUAUCUCCCUCAACACAGCUGUCUCCAUCUUGGCUGGAACAUCAAGAGCUUGCCUGGCAUUUGCUAUCAGCAUGUGCCUGUCCCAGGGCAAAUGGAACUGGCUGAGUCGAUCUGCACAGCCACUGGUGGACUUUUAUCGUUUCGAUGCUGCUAGUCGAGGAGCUUGGGGAAAGAUCGGUGCUCUGACUGCUAUUGCCCUUCUGGCUUUCGAACCCUUUACCCAAGCUGUCUUAGCUAUAAGAGAUAAGGAAGGCACUUUAGACCACCGAGAGUACAACAAGGUAGUACAGUCCAGUAAUGGUUCUCUUGAAACCCAUGGCAAUGUUCCUACAAUCAGCCGAUCAACUCGUUUAGAUGCCGCAUCGUGGACCGGGGCUUUUGUCGGAGUAGGUGUCGUUCAAUUCCCAGAACCUAACAAUAAGCCUAUGAACUUCUCAGUCUAUUGCACCUCAAGUAACAUCCAGGAAGAUAUGGGUAUGAAAGCGGCCACGUGGAAUGGGUUUUCACCCUUCACAACACGGCAAAACCUGAAGCCAGCAUUCGCCUGUGCAACAGGGAACUGUACCUUGGCCAAUUUCACUUCCAUCGCUGUCUGUUCCAAGUGUCGCGACAUAUCAGGAUAUGUCACCAAGUCAUCUGGGCCCGUGAAACUCCCCUCAGGUGUUCGAGCUACAGGACCAUAUGAUCAGUCGUGGGUGUUGGGGCACGGGGAAACCCUGCCUGAUGUGAGCAACCCCAGGCCAUACUUUGAUUGGGUAAACGGCCGGAACUUCACUUUCCUCGACCAUGAGAUUCCAGAGCUGAAUGUUAGCAUUUAA